ACUCUGAUGUGCUCACACACUCUCUCUCUCGCUCUCUGAGUGGAAACACCGGCAUGUGUGUGUGGGAAUUUCUGCUCACAAGCUCUGCUCUUGCCUCUCCUCCGCAGUGAGAGCUAAGCGUGGGGAACAGGAACAAGGGAGCGAACGACGGGUAGAGGAGAGGGAGAAUGAGAGGAGAGAGGGACUAGAGAGAACACGAGAACGAGAGAGAGAACAGGGAAACGAAGAGUGGAGAGCAAGUGAAAGUAGAGAGCAAAGACGGAGAGAAGAAAUGAAGAGAAGACAGUAAGAAAGCAAGAGACAUCAGUGAUGGGUGAUGGAGAGAAGUGGUUAAAGAGAGAUUGAGAGAAAGAGAAAGAGAGAGAGAAAGUAGGUGAAUAAGAGAACCAGAAGACUAUUGAGAACAUUAGAGCUACUCAGUAAAGACAAGAGAGAGAGAAAGGUGAGAAGAGAGAGAGAGAGAGGGGAGAGAGAGAGAUCUUGGGCAGAGAGUGAAAGGAAAGGAACGAGCAGACCACACUCUAUACGGCUACUGAAACACAAACACGGAAUACAACUCAAGUCCAUCCACAGAGCGCCUGCCUGUGGCCAUCCUCGUGGCUGGCUAUGCCAUGCUGGCCGAGCGCGCCGGCGGUGGUGGACGGCUGUCGGCCGGCGGCGACGGUGGCGAUGUGGAGCGCGUGGUCAUGGUGACCGCAUCCUCGGAGGACGUUGAAGGAGGCGGAGGAUGCUCGCCCUCGCUGGGCGACUGCCCCUGGGCGCGGCUGGCUGGCGUGGACGGCUGCCUGUCGGAGACCUACUGCCUGUGGUUCCAGCUGCUGGCGCGGGCCUACUGGGGCGAGCUGGAGCUGGGGCUACGCGGGCCCAGCCGCAAGGCCUCCUGGAGCCGCCUCAGGGAGGCGUCCCGCAGGAACUGCGUCCGCUCCAGGGCCAAGCAGAAGGGUGGAGUGGACGCCAGCGACGCCUCGGGCUGCGUGUCUCCGGUGGCGGGCGAGGACGAGCCUUUCUCCUGGCCUGGGCCCAAGACGCUCCGACUGCGACGCACCUCGCAGGGCUUCGGCUUCACGCUGCGUCACUUCAUCGUCUACCCGCCCGAGUCCGCCGUGCAGUCCUCACUCAAGGAGGAAGACAAUGGCAGCAGAGGGAGACCACGAAACAGGCUGGAGCCAAUGGACACCAUCUUCGUCAAGCAGGUGAAGGAGGGAGGGCCCGCCCAUGGAGCUGGACUCUGCACAGGGGACCGGAUAGUAAAAGUUAAUGGGGAAAGCAUAAUUGGAAAGACCUACUCCCAGGUGAUCGCUCUGAUACAGAACAGUGAUACUUCCCUGGAACUCUGUGUAAUGCCAAAAGAUGAAGACAUCCUCCAACUGUUCUCCAGGGACAUCACGGCUCUGGCAUAUUCUCAGGAUGCGUAUCUCAAAGGGAACGAGGCAUAUAGUGGCAAUGCCCAGAACAUCCCUGAGCCGCCCCCUAUCUGCUACCCUCGAAUAGAGUCCAAGGCAUCGGCAGGUAUGGCGCAAACAACAGAGCAUCCGGCACCUACCACGGCACCUUCCACACCCCUACGGACAGCAGCAGCCCCUGGGUCCCCCACUGUGGCCCCCGAGUUGGGCUACCGGCGGGAGAUCACAGUGCCGCCCUCCCCUCCUCUCCCCAUGUCGGUCCCCAAGAACCAGACGGUGGUGUGUGUGUGCAACGAGAGCGUGCGGACCGUGGUGGUCCCCCCGACGGACACCCUGGCCCCUUCCUCGUCCUCCGUCUCAGGGGAGCGGGGGCCCAGAGGGCCCCGGUCAGGGCCCAGCCAUCGGACCGAGGAGAACCGGCACACGUCGCCCGGCUCUCCCACAGCGGGACCGCAACUGCAGUGCACCCCGUCUCGGCCUGCGGAAACGUCCAGACACCCAGGCCCCCUUGUCAGAGCAGGAUCCCAGCAGGAUGCCUCCCCGUUGGCCACCUCCCCCAACCACUACAGCCCGUCUCCACCCGCUGCCACCACCUCUCCCGGCUCCCCCCACCAGAAUAUUGACUGGCGGAACUACACCACCUACAAGGAGUACAUCGACAACAAGCGCCUCUACAUGUACGGCAACCGCACCAUCCAGGAACGAUUGGACAGCCUCCGGGCGGCCGCUGCCGCCGUCUCCCGCGGCAACGGCGUCUCCCAGCAACAGAGCCCGCCUGCGAUUGCCACUAAUGCGGCGAGCCCGCUGGGACUGCGUUCGGCCAGCGUCGGCCUGGGCUUUCGCAAGGUCAGGGAGGAGGAGCGUCGCCGCGACCCGAGCGUCUCCUGGGGCCCCUGGGCGGCCGGGGGCCUCAAAAUGACACGCCCCGGGCUGUCGCAGGACGCCCUGCCCUCGUCCACGUCCGCUGGGGGUGCGGCCAAGCCGCGCGCUCGCUCCUGCGACUACCUGGGCCGGCAGGGUGGUGGCGAGGGGCUGGCCACCCGGCUGGUGGAGAUGGAAGAGCAGCGGCGCCUGGUAAUGCGCGGCGACGAGGCGCGGAUCAGUCGACUCUGUGGCGGCUCGGGCAGAGCGGGCUCACAGCCCCUGAGGAACACAGGGGGCAGCGCGGGUGCAGGUUUCGCAGAUCUCUCCAUGGCACCCAGAGCAGAGAGCCUGGGCUCCAGUCUUGCCGGCCCCAGUAGGGGCAGCGGCCGGACCUCACGACUGGCCGUGAAGGCCGCCAGCCUGGAUGCCUCAGCCUCCUCCGCCGCCUCCUAUGUGACUUCGGCACUGGCCUCGGUCCAGAGUCACAUCAGCGCCACCUCCCAGGACUCCAUCAAAGACCAAAGACCCGUCACCGUGGGCAACCACCUGCCCCACACGCCGAUCCCCCCGCACAUGCAGCCCCGGGAGCGGUCCGAGAGCCUCAAUGAGCCCGGGAGCCGGGAGACGGGCUCUGCGGCGAGAUCCGCCUCUUGCUCUGGUCCGUCCAAAAGCCCCGCCUUAAGAACACUCGCAAACGCCACUACGACGACCAGUAACGGCACGGUAACACCGCAGCUCAGAUCCCCGCUGUGCCGGACCGAGAGCCUGGACCACGGCAGCGGCAAACCAGGCGAGACAGGCGCGGUGGAAGGGGCGGACGCCAAGGUGGUGGUGGUGAUGCGGCGCGAGAAGUCGGGCCCCCAGCCCAUUCGGCACCCCUCCUACAUCCUGGCGGUGAACGACGUGGAAGUCGGACCCAAGAGCCCUGGAGCGGUGUCUGAUGGUGGGGGAGUCUGCUGGCUGCCCAACGACGCCCGCAGGGAGGUGCACAUGCGCAGACUCGAGGAGCAUCACAAGGCCUCCGUAUCAAGCAACCUGGGCGACUCACUGGACUCCAUCCCCUUCAUUGAUGAGCCGUCCAGUCCCAGUAUGGACCAUGAGGGCACUCGAAUCCUGGCCUCAGCUGUCAUCUCUGUCACCCCGGUAACCCCCAUCAUUACCACCAUCCCUCCCAGCCCCACCUUGCCCUCGCCCCCGAUUCGCCGCCAGCUGUCACAUGACCAAGACUCCCUGCGUCUGACCAUCCUCAGCUCUGACUCCGCCACCAAAACUGAGCGAUCCAAGUCCUGCGACGAGGGCCUGGACAACUACCGGGAAGAAGGGAGAGGAAGGGGUCUAAAGAGCCUUGUAGGUCUGAGAGGGUUAAAGAAGGCGGUGGAUAAGUCCUCAGAAGACUCGGGCUCCUCCAGAAGAGACUCAUCCUCCGAUGUCUUCAGUGACGCCACCAAAGAGGGGCUGCUCUACUUUCGCCAGCUCAACUCAGACAAGAGCAAGCGCAUGGGUGGUGGUAUGCGUCCAUGGAAACAGAUGUACGCGGUGCUCCGAGGCCCCUCCCUCUGCCUAUAUAAGGACAAGAGGGAAGGCCAGGCCCAUGCCAGUCACCAGACAGAUGACGAGCCCCUGCCAAUCAGCAUCAAGGCCUGCCUGAUUGACAUCUCCUACAGUGAAACCAAGCGCAAGAACGUGCUGCGGCUGACCACAUCGGACUGCGAGUACCUGUUCCAAGCGGAGGACCGCGAGGACAUGCUGGCCUGGAUAAGGGUCAUCCAGGAGAACAGCAACCUGGACGAGGAGAACGCUGCGGUCACCAGCACAGACCUCAUCAACCGCAAAAUAAAGGAGUACAACAGCCUGAUGAGCCCUCCCCCUAGUAAGUCAGAGCCGUCUCCUAAGACUUCACGCCAGUCUCUGAGCAUUAGACAUACGCUGCGGGGGGGUAAGGGAGACGGCAAAGCCCAGAGCCCCCACUCCCCCAAACAUGAGCACAAAGUUGGGGACGAGAUGAGCCCACCCAAAGAUAAAGGCACGUGGAAGGGAAUCCCGGGUCUGAUGAGGAGGCCCUUUGAGAAGAAGCCUCCAGCAGGGGUGACGUUUGGGGUACGCCUGGACGACUGCCCUCCCGCCCAAAACAACAGGUUUGUACCCCUAAUAGUGGAAGUGUGCUGUAAGCUGGUGGAGGAGCGAGGGCUGGAGUACACAGGCAUCUACCGGGUGCCUGGCAACAACGCAGCCAUCUCCAACAUGCAGGAAGAGCUCAACAACAAGGGCAUGGGCGACAUCGACAUCCAGGAUGACAAAUGGAGAGAUCUGAACGUGAUCAGCAGUUUACUCAAGUCAUUCUUCCGGAAACUUCCUGAGCCUCUUUUUACAAAUGAAAGGUAUGCUGACUUCAUUGAUGCCAAUCGAAUAGAGGACCCAACGGAGAGGCUAAAGGUCCUGAAGAGACUGCUGCACGAGCUGCCAGAUCACCACUAUGAGACCCUCAAGUUCCUCUCUGCUCACCUCAAGACCGUGGCAGACAACUCAGAGAAGAACAAGAUGGAGCCCCGUAACCUGGCCAUCGUAUUCGGCCCGACUCUGGUUCGCACGUCAGACGACAACAUGACGCACAUGGUCACGCACAUGCCAGACCAUUACAAGAUCGUGGAGACCCUCAUCCAAAACUACGACUGGUUCUUUACUGAUGACAGCUCGGAGGAACCUGUGACAACGGUACAGCAGGAGAAUGCCGUGGAGUCCCAGCCCGUGCCCAACAUCAACCACCUGCUGACCAACAUCGGCAGGACGGGCCCCUCUCCUGGGGACGUCUCAGAUUCACCCACUAGUGACUCAACUAAAUCCAAGCAGAACUCCUGGGCUUACGGGAAGGAUCAGUACAGCCGCGAGCUGCUGGUCUCCUCAAUCUUUGCUGCAGCCAGCCGCAAACGAAAGAAGCACAAGGAGAAGCAGCAGCCUAGUAGCUCCGACGAGGACCUGGACUCGGUCUUCACUCUCCAGGACCCCGCGGUGUCUGAGGAAGGUUCCCCGGCCCCCCAAGCCAAGAGCCCUCUGGUUGGGGGAUUGGAGAAGAGGGAGAAUGGGAAAGCCACGGAGGCUGUCUCCACUACCACACCCAAGAGCCGCAAAGAGCACCGCAACUCGUUCUUCCUGCGGGAGAAGCGGGUGAUCUCGACCUCGGCUCCCCCCUCCCAGGCCUCGUCGUGCCCCUCGCCGUCGCCGUCGCCCUCCCCGAUCCUCCGCACCCCAGCGGUCGCUCUCCCCAAGUCCUCGCUGUCGGACGGCCCGUCCUCGUCGCAGCUGGACGAGCCCACGUCCGACCUGGGCACCAUGAGCUCGGGGGCUUCGGUGCCUCGCGGACGGACCCGCCGCUGGCUCUCGACCUCGGCAGGGGGGCUGGAGCCCUCCCUCCUUGGCGUUGGAGGACCCCCCGGGGCAGCAGCCGGUGCAGAGGUCAGCUCCAUCACCUCCGACUACUCGACCACCUCCUCCAACACCUUCCUGACGGCCGGCGAGUCCAGCCUGCUGAGCCCUGAGGUGGGCUCGGUGAGCGGCAGCCGCGGUGGAGAGGAGGCCGAUGACGAGCGCAGUGAGCUCAUCAGCGAGGGCCGGCCCGCCGAGACGGACAGUGACAGCGACUUUCCCGUCUUCCCCAACGCCGGACCGAAGCCACUGGCAACGGCAGCAGCAUCCGUGUUCUCCCCUACACCUGAGGUCAGCUCUCAGCAGCCCGCCCAAUCGACUGCCGGCGGUCCCAAUGCCACCCCCACCGGCCGCCCUUCCCUGCCCUCCCAUAGGCUGAUUGAGUGUGACACCCUCUCCAGAAGGCGGUCCCUGCGGCAGAAGACAGACAGUGAUUCGUCUGUGGAUGGACUGGGUGUCAGCAACAGUGGAGGGGCUGGAGCAGGUAGCAGCUUAGCAGGAAGAGGAACCAAGUCCUCAUCGUUGACGUCGUCGUCAGGGAAACGGCUGUCUCGCAUGCUGGAGGUGAUGAAGAAGGGCCGCUCCACCGGCAGCUUGAGCUCCUCGUCCCGCAGUGAGUCCGAGCGCAACACCACUGCUGCGACCACCACCACCAACGCGGCGACCAACAACACCCCCUCUUCCUCCUCGUCUUCCUCCUCAGCCAAUCCUGGUGCCUCCGAGUCGGCCUGGCGAAUUCGCUUCACUGAGCGCUUCAGGCUCCGGCUGCGCGGCUCGGCCGAUGACGUCCUGGGAGCCGCUUCUUCCUCCUCCUCCUCUUCAUCGCAGCAGCAACAGCAGCAGCAGCGGAGCCGCUCCCCGGACCCACCACGGCGCUCUGGCCGCCUCCGCAGCCGCGGCCUCCGCCGGCGCCACACCAUGGGCGGCCAGCGUGACUUCGCCCAGCUGCAGGCCAUGCACGACUGGAGCGAGCAGGGCGGCGUGGCGCGCGGCGCUGAGCUGACCGCCAUCGACCGCCUGCAGCCCAAGUGCAGCUCGCAGGACUUCUCCAUUCAGGACUGGAUCACCCGUGAGAGGGACGGUCGCGGCGGCGACGGCCCCGCUGACCCCCAGACGAACCCCCUCGACCCCGCCACCACCCAACAGGAACCGGGAGAGCAGGUGAACGGCGGAGGACCACAAGCCAAGAACAAAGCAGGGCUGUGUGUAGGAGGUGACGCCCAUCCGCACAAACUCUCUGGAGCGCAGGUGGUGCGCUCACGCUUCUACCAGUAUCUGUGACAUGGGCGUACAUGUGUGUGUAUGUUAAUGCAUCUGUAUGUAUGUAUGUAUGUAUAUGUGUGUACCAUAGUAUGUUUGAGAAUGAGUAAAAACCAUGUACAGUUACGUAUGUAGAUAAGCUAAAGUUACUGCACAAUAGAUUUUUUUUAUAAAAUAUAUAUGACUAUAUAAAUAUUAUAUAAAACUGUAUAUACAUCUAUAUGUGUAUAGGAUUAUGAGGAAAGCAACUGGAUUAUUGUGUUUUGUGCAUCCUUGCCUGGAAUGUUCUCAUCCUGGAACUGACAUGAAAUGAGGACCUCUCCCUCUCUCUUUCACACCAACCCCAGUAAUAUGGAAAGCCAGCAUUGGUGUGUUUGUCGCAUGUGUACGUCUGUGUGUGUGUUUGUUUGUGUGGAGAAGGUACACUUGACUGGGAGAGAAUACACACACACACACAAACACAGCACAUCAAAGCAAUGGACUGACGAGAGCUGAAGUGAUUGAGCAUGAGAUUAUUACUGAAGAUUUUUUUUUUUACUUUUAAAAAAGAAAAGCUGUUAUUCUUUCAGAGAGAGGCCUCUUUUCUCUUACGAAACAAUGCUCAGAUUCUUCCUAAGGUUACGUUGAAGAAUGUAUGCGCUUUCUGGGUAUGCUGACUAACGCAUCGUUGCUUGUUACAAAUUGUCAUGUAAACAAAAGCAAAAAUGUAAAUAUCUUUCAGUGUACUUGAAUUGUGUGUUUUUUGUUUUGUUUGUUUUUUUGUUUUAUAAAGAUGUCCUGGUCGAGGGAUGUAUUCUGAGCUGAGCGCUGUAGGAAGGUCCUUUUAUUAUUAUUUUUUUACAGCGCACAAAACAGCCAGAUGCCAAGUUGGAUCCCGCCAGAAGGAAAGUGACAUUAUUUUCAACACAUCUGCACAACCUUGUGCUUAGAACGACAAACGGUAAACGGUACCUAACUUUCUGCACACAUCCCUCUUGGGAGAAUAGUGUGAGCAAGUCAUCAUGAUGACAAGAAAUGGUGAUUUGUCACGCUAAAAUGGAAUAGAAGACAAAGGAAAAAGUGCCUCUUUGACUGGAUUCUUGGGACUGUUUGGGUGCCAUGUUAUGAUUUUGUUUUAAGUAUAUAUUUUUUAUUUUUUUCCUCCUUUGCUCUUUUUUAUUUUAGAAGAUGUAUUGUGACUAAAUUUUAUUGAGAAACUCAUUAAAAUAAUGUUACAGAUUUCAAACAAA